CAUUCAUGGCUCUCAGACUUUGGGAGUUUGGUUCCUUAUAUACACUCGGAUCCUAUCUGUUGUUGAGUUUUCAUCGAAAUAUUGUGAUAUUUGAUUGUGGAUUAAGGAUUUUUGGUCUGGAAUUGAUAUGAAUUGAAAUAAUUGAAGGGCCGUUCAGGCUCAGGCUCAGGCUCCGGGAGGCGGUGAAGGUAGCGAAACGGCUGCCGGAGCUAUGGAUUCCGGUGAUUGGCGGACUCAACUUUUGCCUGAUUUGCGUCAAAGGAUUGGCAACAUGAUAAUGGAGACCUUAAAGAAGAGACAGGAGCUUAAGGAAAUUGCAGUGACGUUUGAAGAAAAGAUAUAUUCUACUGCUACAAGUCAGCAAGAUUAUCUUCAAAAGAUAUCUUCAAAGAUGUUGAUCGUGGAGACAAGAAGAUCUCAAAAUCUUAUUCAGCCAAAUCCUGCAAGUAGUCGUCAGAAUGCCCUUGGUCGAGGAUCGCACAACAUGCAAUCCCAAGUCAACAGCCAAGCACAGCAACUUCCUGUACCUACGGUGGCCAAUCAAACUCAGAUAUGACAACCACUGUUGCAGCAAAACCUUCAGAACAACAUGGCAUUAAUUGGGCUGCAAAAUUCUCCUAGCUUGGCUCCUGCACUUCCUUCCGUGAGUAAUUUGACGCAGGGUACCAUGCCAAAUGUCUUGGGCCAGAAUUCAAAUUUGCAAAUUAUGCUAAAUGUUGGUCAAAACUCAGUAGGAAAUGCCAUUGGUCAAAACUCAGUAGUAAUUAGGUUUUGUGUAUACCUAUUACUUUAUUCUGCUGUUGAAAAGUUUGCUCUCUGUAGCUACCAAGUGUAUAUGAAAUUUUAGCUGCUUGAACCAUUGUGCUAAUCUUUGAGUGAUCUAAAAUAAUUUAGGUGACUACCCCUAAUAAGUAUUGUUUGUGCUCUAGGUCAGAGUCCUAGCCCUGCUCUUUCUCUACAUUCUGACUAUUGUUUUCUUAUUAGCUAUCCAAAAUAAAGGACAGAAGAAAAGCUUAUGAUCACAGUACUUCAUACUGUUGUUUAUU